AUGUCUGCAUCGAACUCGACCAACAACAACAUGUCUCCUACCACCGAGGUGGAAGACGUAUUUCAGGCCUUUUUUCAGGGAGCAGGCAGUCCUUCCGAUCAACGUCCAGCGAGCGAGAAUGCGCACAUGCCAUCCCACACACGCUCUUUCUCGAUGUUCAGUUCAGUGCCAGCGCAGGACGGUGUCUUUGGCCAUUCCCAAGCUACCUCCUUCAUGCCCUUCGAGCAUCGGCACAGCUAUCCGAGUACUCUCCACCAGUUCCCUAUGCAGGCCGAGCAAGUCAAUCGGAAUCCGAUGAUGACAGCCACCUCCGGUUUUCCCAGCAUGCCAGCUAUGACCCAGUCCUACGGCGCGGCCGAGUCCCAUUUUCGUUUCCCUACUCCCAUGGUCAACCAGAGCGAAUGGAUUUCCACCCAGGGCGUUAUGGCACCCGAGUGGACGGAGCGGCACACCGAGAUCUUGAAGGAGGGCAAACGGUUGGGCAAAACCGUCCCGCAGAUCGUCACGGAGCUCUAUCAGCUUGAUGGAAGAUUUCGAUCGAGCAACUGCGUCACGAAACGUUGGUUGAGGAUGAAGGAGAGCUGUGUUUCGAAGCGUGAACGUGACACAAUCAUCUACAACCUCACUCCGACCAUGGUCCAACUGAUCUAUACCGAGGUCGCCAGGCUCCAGCGUGGAAGGAUGAUGCAGAUGGGCAGCGCUGCCAGUGCCCCUGGGUUGUCGGAGGCUAUUGAGCAGGACGUCAAGGACAUUGCCAGGCGCCACCUGGAGCGCUGCAUUCAGGACAUGGUCGUUCGUCUUUCUGGCAACGAGAAUUGA